AUGCGGCGAAGGAAUAAAAUUAACGAUAUUGCAUUCGAGAAAUUUAGUGCUAAUUUAAGUCCCCUUCAAUCAAAUUCUGAUUCGUACAUCUCUCCAACGCCAUCUCCAAAAUUUAGUCCUCAUGGAAAGGCUUUUUCUAAAGAUACUACUCAGCAAGGCCCUGAUUUAACCGCAGUAAGUGAACAACGUAUUCAUGAUAUGACAGAAGACUUGAAAACAAUAAAAGAAAGAAUGAGAAGAAUUUUAAAAUACAAUCAUGCACAAAUUUUUACAGAUUUGCAUGUCUUGAGUGAACUAAAUGACACAGAUCAGCCGUUUAAGGCAUUUUCAUACGACUGCCUUCAGUAUUUUCGUGCAUAUAAACAAAUAGAGAGAUCAGGAGCAACAAAUAAGAUAGUAGGAACAGCAUCAUUGAAAUCAUCAUCGUAUACCCUCUUUAACUGCUGGAAGAAAAUUACAAAUAUUUUUGAUUUAAUUGAUAGAGAUGGUUUGGAGUCUUUAAAAAACUACAUUCAUGGAAAAUUCGAAUCCAUUGUACUAAUUAUCAAUGAUAUCGUACGAUCUGAUAAAAGAAUUGCUAAUAAAAACGAUCUGGUUGUUACAAGAGAUAAUCUUAAAAAUUUAAUUGAUAAUUUAUCAAAGAACAUUGAUGGUUUGAUUGACCAACGCGAACUAAUGCAUCAAAAGCCCAAUUUGGCAGACUCUGUCAUUUAUGAUAUCAAAUCUUUUACUCAAAUUUACAAAACUUCUCAUUACAAUGAAUUUAACAAAGUAAAUCUUAUGCAAAGCCAAUUAUCUAUGUACCAAUCACUAGUUCUUACAGCUCUUAAUGAUAUUAUCGUAGGAAUUAAUUCCGCAUUUUCUUGGGAUGAUGAUUUCAAUCCGAUAAACGCAGAUGUGAGUAAAAUUACAGAGAAUAUAAAGGAAGUAAUCAAACUCAUUGAGCUUCCACCCGCAAUUGUGAAGCCAUUGAAGAAAAUUUCGAAUGUUCAGUCAAAUCCAAUAACAAAAAUACAAGUUAAGAAGGAUCCGAUGGCAGAAGUGAAGGAUUUUACACGUGAUUUCACAGGAAAUGGUAGUUUUGGCGUUGCACAACUCGAAAAUUUCAUUGAUGAAAUAAGUAAUACGAUGAAUAUCAAGAUAUCGAAGGAUGGAGAUGUCUGGAGUAGGCUUGGUGAAGUAAAAACUAAUAUUGCUAAGGUAAUUCAGCAAAAAGAAGAGAUGCAAAAAGAAUAUUCAGCAUUUCAAGAUAAAGUAAGGUACCAAAGCCGCACAAUCACGAAUAUUAUGAAAGAAAGAGUAAGGAUGGAAGCAGAAAAAGCAAAUUUUGAAUCCGAAAUCACAGUUCGAAAUGAAGAUCUCGAAGAACGCAAUGAUGAACUACUUAGACAGAUCAACGAGACAUUAUCCAUUGCAAAACGCCGCGAAGAGCAAUUAUUUCAAAUGAGAGCAACCGAUGAAGACGGAAAAAUGAAAAGAUGUCUGAAAACAAUUAUAAAAAGAAUGAACGAAAUGAUCGACGAAAGUGAACAAGAUUUCAGUUUCUCCAAUGACGAUUUAGUCACAAGAGCUGACAAGCUCUCACAGUUCAUUUCAAAACGAAGAUGCCCUAAAUGCAGAGACAGAGAAGUGGAAGAAAACGAAUUGGCCAAUAAAAUGUCACUUUUGAUACCUGAAAAAUUUUCAACGAUAUCUGAAGGUGUAGACAUUAUUUUGAAGGAUAGAGCAAGACUUAUGAGAGAGAAUAUGGUUUUGCAAAGGGAAGUCAAAGAAAAAACGGAAUUAAUCAACCAAAUGAAGGUUGCAACACAAGAUUUAAAGGGGAAGAUCAGAGAAUUGUCAAUCCAAAUAGGUCAGCCUAUUGGGGAUGAAGACAACAUUGCUGCUGCAACUCUUUAUGCGAUUAAUAUGAUGGAAGCAAAACAAAAACAAGAAACAGAGAAAAAAAUCGAGGAAAUUAUAAACGGCCAUCGAACUUCCCUUCUGAAAAUUUCCAAGAAAAUGAAGAUGGAAACAUCCGAAUAUAAAGAUGUUAAGAAAGCUGUUAAGAAGCUUUAUAGAGAUCAUUGUGAAUUAGUUAAAGAAAAUGAAGAAAAAGAUAAAUUAUUAAAAGAAAUUGAGCAAUGGUACAGAGAUUUUGGAGAUUUCCAUGAUGAAAAGCUUUCUAUUAGAGAUAUGAUUAAAGAAUUAGACAACAGAGAGAAUCCUUUAACCAAGAUGUACAUGGAUGUAUCAAAUGAGAGCAAAACAGUCAAAGAAACGCUUGUCAUUUGUGCGCAAAGACUAUUGGCUAUAUCCCAAUCAUCAAAAUAUAGUCAAUUCUCAAAUAUGUCCACAAAAACUUUGAUCGAAGUAUUUAAUGAUCUCGUUAACGAUGUCCAUGACAAAUUUGAUGAAGAUAAGCAGAAGCUAGAUACAUACAAGUACAAUGAAACUAAAACGAGCGAUGUUCUCCUUGGUUUAUGUGGAAGAGUUGGAUCUUUCUUGAAUUUGAAGUUUGAAGACAGAAGUCAGCUCGGAAUUGUACAAUUACUUAAUGAUCUCGAGAAGCUCAUUGAAAGGGCUUUGACAGAUGAAUCUCCGCUUUUUAUUUCAGUGAAAAAAUUAAGUAGAUAUUUUGAUCCAAUCAGAUCUAAACUUGGAACAAAUUCUGAUGAUCCUGACGUAAUUGUUCCAAGAGUAGUUCAAUUGGUAACUCAAUCUCCAUGA